AAAAAAAUUGUAUGUUUAGGAGUGUUUCUCUCUCCACUUCUCUCUCCACUCUGCUCCAACGUGUCGUCUCCCAGUGCUACUCUACUCUCCAAGCAUGCUCCCCUUCAAAGCAGCACCAGGUCAGUUCAAAGUAGAGGUCCGGGAUCCGGGCCUAUGGGUGUGGAGGGUGGAGAAGAUGAAGGCUGUGCAGCUGGAUUCCUCUGAGGUGGGAGCCUUUUUUAACGGGGACUCCUACCUGGUGCUGGAGAACCGCGGUGACCAAGGAGCCGACCUCCACAUGUGGAUAGGUGAGAAGUCAUCUCGGGAUGAGCAGGUGGCGUGCGCCAUGCUGGCCACCCAGCUGGACAACUUUCUGGGUGGUGACCCCGUUCAGCACAGGCAGGUUCAGGGCUACGAGUCCCCUGAGUUCAUGGCGCUCUUCCCCAGAGGAGUCAGCUACAAGGACGGUGGUGUGGAGUCAGGCUUCAGGAGACCUCAGGGUUCUGGGACGGUGCAACGGUUGUACCAGAUCAAAGGGAAGCGCAACAUCCGUGCCAAGGAAGUAGAGCUUUCCUGGAGCAGCUUUAACAAGGGAGACUGCUUCAUCCUUGACUUAGGAGAGGUCAUCGUGUCAUGGAUCGGGUCACAGGCCAACAUCUUUGAGAAGCAGAAAGUGCGUGAGAUCGCCUCACUGAUCCGCGACACGGACCGACAUGGAAAAGCCCGAAUUGUAGACGCCAAUGAGGGGGAGGAGCCGGAAGAGAUGCUCAAGGUCUUGGGGCAGAUGCCAGCGCUGGCAGAAAGCACGCCAGAGGAGGACACCAAAGCAGACGUCUCCAACUCUGCCUCCCUCUACAAGGUGUCUGAUGCGACAGGUUCCAUGACGAUGACCAAAGUUUCGGAGAAGAGCCCGUUUGCCAAGGAGCUGCUGGUCCGCGACGACUGCUUCAUUCUGGACAACGGCGCCAACGGAAAGAUCUUCGUCUGGAAAGGUAAUGGAGCAAAUGCAGAGGAGAAGCGGGUGGCCCUACAGAUGGCGGAUAACUUCAUUGAGCAAAUGAAAUACCCCAAGAUGAAAACACAGGUGGAGAUACUGCCGCAGGGGAAAGAAACCAUCAUCUUCAAGCAGUUUUUCAAGAACUGGAACUAAAACAUUUCAUGGAAACAUUUGACACUUGAGAAGGGAAAACCUUCAACAGUCGGCUGUAUAUCUGAAAACAGACAGUAUCUGAUACAAAUACAUGACAUUUUUUUAUAUGCAUUUCCUGAUAUGUACAUAUUUGUAAGGUACCGUGCGGUCAGAGCACACUGCAGCAUGUUUUAGUAGACUCAGAUGUUAUGCCACUUUUAUAAAUGAUGAGAGUAUAAAUACAUAAAGAGAUUUUAAAAAAGAACCUGAAGUCAGUGAUUUUUUUUUUUUUUUUUACAUUUGUUCUAGUGUCACUGAUUUGCCUGCAUUUGAAAAAUAAAUCUGAAUCUGACUU